CAGUUCGAUCGGCAACGGGAGCGGAGAAAGUAAAGCGGAGAGCCCGAAGGCAGCAGCCCCCUACCACCGCCGGCCCAGGUUACCAUCUAGCACCGGGAAAACACACUAGAGAGCCGCCGCCGGCUUUACCAACUAUCAAACACCAUGAGCAGCGAGGCCGAGACACAGCAGCAGCAGCAGCCGCCGCAGCCUGCCGCCGACGCGGAGAGCCCGUCCAGCCCGACAGCCGCAUCUUCAGCGGGGGAUAAGAAGGUCAUCGCAACAAAAGUCCUGGGGACAGUGAAAUGGUUCAAUGUGAGGAACGGCUAUGGUUUCAUCAACAGGAAUGACACGAAGGAAGAUGUCUUUGUCCACCAGACGGCCAUUAAGAAAAACAACCCAAGGAAAUAUCUUCGCAGUGUUGGGGAUGGAGAGACUGUGGAGUUUGAUGUUGUAGAGGGGGAGAAGGGUGCUGAGGCAGCCAAUGUUACUGGCCCGGGUGGAGUCCCUGUGCAGGGGAGCAAGUACGCAGCUGAUAGGAACCGCUACAGGCGGUACCCACGCAGGAGGGCCCCCCCUCGCGACUACCCGAGCGAUGGAGAGGGGGAGGGUCAGGAGAAGAGGGAGGAAGGAGACAGCGCCCCUGAGGGUGACAUGCAGCAACAGCAGCAGCAGCGGAGACCAACCUUCGCCGGUAGACGCCGCUACCCACCAUACUUUGUGCGCAGGCGCUACGGCAGACGCCCCCCUUACAGCAACACGCCUCAGAGAGGAGAUAUGGCUGAGGUGAGUGAUGGCGGGGAAGGUGAUGAGAACCAAGGUGGUCCAGAACCGGGCAACAAACCAAUGAGGCAGAACUACAGAGGCUUCCGACCAAGUUUCAGAACAAGGGGUCCCCCACGUCCCCGGCCUGCACGAGAAGGGGAGGAGGAGGAUGAUAAGGAGAAUCAAGGCGAGGGCGGAGAGAGCGGUGAGGGCCAGGAGCCCCGUCAGCGCCGCUACCGCCGCAACUUCAACUACCGCCGCAGACGACCCCAGAGCAACAAGCCUCAGGACGGCAAGGAUGACAAAGCAGCUGAAGCAUCAGCUGACAAACCGGCCGCUCCCGAAGCCCAACAGGGCGGAGCCGAUUAACCGCCACCGGCUUGACCAUCUGCACCAUCCUGCCGGUAUUGUCAAGAAACAUCUGAAGAUCUGAGCAAUAAGAAACAGAUAUGACUAUGACUCGUCGAUUGUCUAAGCUUGCAAAAAUGCAUUUCGACCAGAUUACCACCGAUUGCCUGCAGACUCUAUGCAGACCUGUUUUUUUUUCCAUUAUUUUUGUGACAGCUAAAAGUUUUGGGGAAACAGCAGAUGUUUUUCUAAAUCGGUCUUAAGUUUUUACACCAAAUGGUUUUUAAAAGUAAUUUGAUAUCUGGUCAGUUUGACAUUUUUAAAUAACUUUUUAUGUAUCCAAACAUGAAUUUUAACAAAAGCAAGCUCAAAUAAAACCAGAAGCAGUUCCUGUA